GUCAGGCAGGAGAAAAGCAAAUAAGACCAGAUUGAUUGAAAUCCUGGAUUCAACUUGUGCUCGAAUUUUUAUGAAUUAAGAUAUAAUUUGCUAAGUUUUACAAUAUUCUUACCGAUUAGAACAUUAUAUAAUGUCGGCUGUUACGAAGGCGAAAGAUAACAAACCAGAACCAAUCGCCUAUAGCGAAGCAGCACUCAGAAACAAUGCCGCUGUCGUGGAAUAUUGCCGAACAUCCAUGGCAGCAUUAUCCGGCUCUACUGCAGGAGUGCUGGGCUUGACGGGUUUAUACGGAUUUGUGUUUUAUGUAUUUGCUGUUAUUACUCUGUGGCUAAUGUUUAUGGUAAAAGCAGGACCAGACUGGUACAAAUACUAUAUUUCAAGACAGAGUUUGCUCACAAAUGGAUUCUUUGGAGCUCUAUUCACUUAUGUACUGUUCUGGACAUUCAUUUAUGGAAUGGUUCAUGUAUAUUAAUAGUUAAUAGUUUUAAGUAAAUUCGAGAUUGAGUAUUAAU